AUGUAUUUCUUACGCAUCUGGUUAUUAUUGUUCGUAGCAGCCAUUUAUCCAUGUUCAUCAUAUACAACCGAGUAUGAGCCUCUAGUAUAUGAUUAUGAAGAGCUAUAUCCAACAAUAUGCAAUGAGAAUCAAACAAAACACAACUGCAAUGAUCAAAGAUGUGCAAUCGGCAGAGAAACUGUGAAUUCGAUGUGCGAAGGAGAUUGGAAUAGGUGUAAGUGCAAAUACGACUACUGGUUGAAUUCAACUAACUCUUGUGUCUUACGCGAAGAUUGCGAUGUACAUCCUCGUUAUUUUGAUUAUUUAUCAAAUCACUUUUG